AUGCCACCUAAAUCCCGCACUCGCCGACGAGAUAGUGAUGCCUCAUAUAGUCUUCCUUCCGAAAGUGAUAGUAGUGAUAGUGACGACUAUGUACCUGUUUCACCCAGUCGUCGCAGAAAUUCUCCAUCACCAUCCAGACAACAGAAUGAAACGUCUAGCAAAAGAAAUAGUAAUGCUUCCAGUCGAGCAUCCAGUGUAAGUCCUACUCGUGACAAGAACAAAUCAGCAGCAGCAUCGUCACCCCGACAGAAACAGGUGAAUCGAAGAAAAUCUAAGCGAAAGAAUGCUGUUGUUACAAAAGCAAAUGAUAAAACUCUAGUAGUUCCGAAAAUAGUAGUUAGGAAUCCAACUAAAAAAGCGGUUGUCAUUCAAAAAAAACAACAGCCACAAGCACAAUCCGAGACAGGCUUAUUGACUCCACCUAAAGCACGGCGUAAACGUAGACAGAAAAAGGAACUCGGAAAGGACGAGAAAGAGAACUCUAAUCCAGAAGAUGAUAUUCUUGCUACAUUACCCCUUCCAUCUUCAUCCAUUCGACAUAUUUACAACGAGAACAUAUCAAUGAUUGGCGCUAUUAAUAUCCAAGCAUUUGGAACAAAAAAGGCCUCCAAUCGUACUUUAAUGCGUAUCAUAUCCGAUAUACUUCGUCGGUAUGACAUAGUUUUGUGUCAAGAGAUCCACGCACCAAAGGACGAUGAUGCUGUCAUUCGCACUCUUGUUUCCUCUGUGUCAACUCCAUCUACCCCAUAUGCCUAUGUGUCUAGUCAUCCAAUAGGCAGAGGUAGAUACCAGGAACGCUAUGUGUAUCUCUAUCGCACAAACGUGUGGCGGGUGUUAGAUGAAUACGUAAUUGAAGACGAUACUAAAUUGGGAGAUAAGUUUGCCCGUGAUCCAUAUGUAGUUAGAUUUGAACAUGUCAAGAAGUCAAACACCAGAGUAACAUUGGUUGGAUGCCACACACAACCUGAGAAUGCGUUUACCGAGGUUAAAGCAUUGGUUGAGAACGUGUAUUUAGAGGUUAAGAAUAAUUUGAAAGACGCGGCCAGAAAAGAAAAAGUGAAGACGAAGAGGUAUAGGAGUGCAACUGAGAGUGUUGAUAAGGAUGAAAAGGUGUCUUUCCUUAGAAAGUUGUUUGCAUGUUGUUUCCCCAUUAUUUCCACUUCUUCCUCGACAUCUCGUGAGGCAAGAAUGUCUCUUCUGUCUCCAACCGAGCCAAUUAUAAUGAUGGGUGAUUUAAAUGCGGCUGGGUCAUAUGUCAACAAGUCACAGAGGGCAGAACUAGAUCAGUUGCUUCAAGAUCAUGGGCUGGUGUGGGGAAUUCCUCAUACUACAGAUACCACAGUAUCCGACGGAACUGAUUCAGCAUACGAUAGAUUUAUAUUUGAGCGUGCGAAUGAAAAAAGAUGGAUUGGAAAUUCUGGUACAUGGAGAUUUGAUGAAGGCUGGGUGAAGACGGGUUCUGAUCAACUGUUAAUUAAGAAGUUGGCCAAGAGGGUUUCUGAUCAUUAUCCUAUUGAAUUUGAAUUGAGACUAUAA